GUCAGUGAUAAAAGGAUAACUCAUCAGCAUGUGUUUUGGUGAUGAAGGUGACACAAGCACGACCUCUCCGACGUAUAAAUACAUGCAGGCUCUGAAGCGCGGCGGUUCUUCGCGCCAAGGUCACACCUCAACAGUAGCAAGACUGCAUCGGCCUCCAGCAUGGCGACCUGAUGGGGACUCUGCGGUGCCGGAAAGAUCAGUCACGACUUCAACGUGCCUCUGAGGACACAUCCACUUCAGGAUCACGGGGUUUACAAAACCAAAAGCUCGCUGCAUCCUCACUCACCUUACGGGGCCUCUCAUUUGUCUUGCAUCGAGGAGUUUGGAGCGGGCCCAAGACUUCGCCGAGAGGCACGGCGUCCUUGAGGUAGCUUACGAAGAGCUGGCCAACGACCCAAAAGUUGACGUGGCAGUGCAGCACCCAUAACACUGGAGCUUGGACCUCCUCAUUCUCAACGCAGACAAGAACGAUCUGUGCGAGGAACCUUUUGCCAUGAACUUUGGUCGGGUCAAAGACCUUGUGAACGCCGCCAGGAAAAACAAGGUCUUCUUGAUGGCAGUUGGUGGGCCAAGGGGAGCGGAUGAGUCUCUGGUUGUGCUGAUGAAAGAGGAUGGCCAUGUGCGCUUUCCCCAUCGCUGUUGUCUUCUAAACUUUGACGGCGCCAAGGGAUCGAUUCAAGUUGUGGCUGUGGCCGCCCGCAACGUAGAGCGUGCACAAGAGUUUGGCAAAAAGCACAGCAUCCGUGCAGCGUACGGCAGCUACGUGGAACUGGCCCGAGAUCCAAAUAUCGAUGUGGUGUACAUCGGUGUGAUCCACCCGUACCAUCUGAACUGCUGCUUGCUCUUUAUGGACGCCAAAAAAAAUGUUUUAUGUGAGAAGCCUCUGGCCAUGAACGCAAGAGAGGUGAAGGAGAUCCUGGACUCAGCAAAGAGGAACAAUGUUUUCCUAAUGGAGGCCGUGUGGAGUCGAUUCUUCCCGGCCUCUGUGGAGAUCCGACGUUUGCUCGCUCAAGGGGAGCUUGGUGAGGUGAAGAUGGUGAGGGCCGAAUUCGGCCAGCCCCUCAUGCAUUUGCCCAGAUCGAUGGACAAGAAUCUGGGCGCCGGAACAACGCUGGACCUCGGCAUCUACCCACUGCAGUUCUCCAUGAUGGUGUAUGGCGGAGAAAAGCCCGAAAGCAUCAAGGCCACGGGGGUCUGUACAGAGACUGGAGUGGAUGAGACCACGGUGGUCACUCUCAAGUUCUCCAAAGGCCGCAUGGCCGUGAUCACGUGCUCCUCGGGACUGGAGCUUGACAACGACGCCGUCAUCGUGGGCACCAAGGGCACCAUCAGGAUCCCAGCUCACAUGUGGUGUCCCACCUCUGUGGUAGUGAACGGGAAAGAGAGCCAAUAUCCUGUCCCGGAAUCCGACUUUACCCUCAACUUUCUCAACAGCACGGGAAUGUGCUACGAGGCAGAGGCGGUGCGACAAUGUUUGCUUAAAGGACUGAAAGAGAGUCCCGUGAUGUCCCACGCUGACUCUCUUGCGCUGGCCGAAGUGGAGGAUGAAGUGCGUCGGCAGGUGGGCGUGGUCUACAGUCAAGACUCUGGCUAAUGGUACAAUCACAGAUAAUGGUUGGUUGAUGCUCAUUUAGAUACGCAAAUCAUUUUUUAAAAAAUGUGGGAAUCGAUGCAUCUUUGCCCUUACUGCACAUUUUGUAUUAUUAGUUUCUAAUAAGUACAGUCAAAUGAAAAUUAUACAGUACAGUACAGUCGUGAAAUAAAGCACUUUGAGAAGACA